CACCGGCUUUAUCUGGGACAGCUGCUGGGUUGGCGGUGGAGUCCUCGCUGGGGGCAAAAGGGAGUGACCAUGGGGGCCACUCGGGAUCCAGAGCAGCCGCGGGGUCCCAGUGGAGCGGAGCGGGGCGGCCCAGAGCCCGGGGACGAGGGUUCGGCGGGGCAGCUGGUGGUCACGAAUCCCUGGAACAUCAUGAUUAAACAUCGGCAGGUGCAGCGUAGGGGCCGCCGCUCCCAGAUGACGACGAGCUUCACAGACCCUGCCAUCUCUAUGGACUUGCUUCGAGCUGUCCUACAACCAAGCAUCAAUGAAGAGAUUCAGACAGUCUUCAACAAGUAUAUGAAGUUCUUUCAGAAAGCAGCCUUUAAUGUCAGAGACAAUGUUGGAGAAGAUGUCGAUGCAGAGCAACUGAUCCAGGAAGCCUGCCGAAGUUGUCUGGAACAGGCUAAACUGCUGUUUUCAGAUGGGGAGAAAGCGAUACCCAGACUGACUCACGAACUUCCCGGGAUGAAGCGAGGCCGGCAAGCAGAUGAAGAAUGUGCCCAUCGAGGAAGCCCUAUCCCAAAAAAGAGGAAGGGCCGGCCUCCAGGACACAUCCUUUCAAAUGACAGAUCAACUUCCGGCAUGGUGUGGAAACCAAAAUCCUGUGAACCAAUUCGGAGGGAGGGUCCUAAGUGGGAUCCAGCCCGACUGAAUGAAUCUACUACCUUUGUGCUGGGCUCUAGGGCCAACAAGGCCCUUGGCAUGGGAGGUACCCGAGGGCGGAUCUAUAUCAAGCAUCCACACCUCUUUAAGUAUGCAGCUGAUCCCCAGGACAAGCACUGGCUAGCUGAACAACACCACAUGAGGGCCACUGGUGGCAAAAUGGCUUAUCUCCUCAUUGAAGAGGACAUUAGAGACCUAGCUGCCAGUGAUGACUACAGGGGCUGCCUGGACCUGAAGAUGGAAGAACUAAAGCCCUUUGUCCCUCCUUCCUGGAUGGCAGAGAAGAUGAGGAAAUACAUGGAAACACUCAGGACUGAAAAUGAACAUCGUCCUAGUGAAGUGCCUCCUGAGACAUGAUGCCAACUUCUUGGUUGCCCCUGGUAGCUUUCCUCAAGUGGCCCUCAGAGGGGAUGCAGAUAGGUGCCCCCACCUUUGACUUUUUGGCUACACAGCUGUUCCUGAGCCUUUUCUCCAAGGGUAUCUUAAACUUAGGACCCAAACUAGUUUGCAGCUGGUGUCUGUUCAGCACCCCCAGAAAGGCAUACUUGGUUUUCUGUUUUUGUGAAUUUAUUGGGUUGGAAAGUUGAAUGAUUUGUAAUAAAUACAAAUGGUACAACA